AUGAUAUUCAACUUUGCUGCCAUAUUUUUGACCUUUAUUAUUGCCAGCUCUUUGGCAUUUCCAGCUCCAAUUUUACAAGAUAUUGAUGUAAGUAGAAAAUUGUAUAAAAGGGAACCAGCAACUGCUAUUGAAAAAACGAAUGCCGAUAAAAGUACGAAAUUGGCUGAAAGAAAACCAGCAACUGCUAUUGAAAAAAUGAAUGAUGAAAGUACGAAAUUGUCUGAAAGAGAACCAGCAACUGCUAUUGAAAAAGCGAACGAUAAAAGUACGAAAUUGUCUGAAAGAGAACCAGCAACUGCUAUUGAAAAAACAAAUGAAGAUAAGAGUACGAAAUCGUCUAAAAGAGAACCAGCAACUGCUAUUGAAAAAAUAAAUGAAGAUAAAAGUACAAAAUUGUCUAAAAGAGAACCAGCAAUUCCUGAGAAAAUGAAAUAG